AAGGGAGAAGAUGAAGACAGGGGUGAGGGUUUGCUGAGAACUGUAAGCUGCCCAAGCAGAAAGGGACCUCGAGUUCGACUUCUCCAACUCCCUAGUUUUAUAAAUGAGGAAACAGAAGCUCAGAGCAGUGUGACAGCUUUGCCCAGCCUCACAUGGCUGCUCUGUGGCUGACUGGCAGCUAGAGCCCAGAUCAAACAUGGGUGGGGGUGCUGAAGGGGACUGUGUUUUUAAGAUUCCAAAGAGAUACUCCCCCAGAAGAAAAGAGAUAUCACAGGAUGAACUGACUGAGGUGAACCGCCAGGAGAGGCUUGGAGUCUGGAGACUCAGGAGUGGGAUGGGAAGGUGUCUGAGAGGCUGCUGCCUGCUAGCAGAGUUGGCUAGUAGACAUUCCAGAUGUAUGCCGGCUCUUUAUAGGGUUGAGUCUCAAUUUCUGAAUGGACCCUAUAGAAUCUUUGUGAAAAUCAUUCUCAAACUAAUUCUUGUAAAACAUCAGCAUAGCUCUUGACAGUGCUUAAUAAGCUUUUGCUAUGGUUGUUGUAUGCCCUUAGGAACCUUGGAAGCCUGGUGGUUUGGGUUGGGGUAUGGCCAGGAUGACCCUGUAGGGCCAUAGGACAGAGGUCCAGUGUCUCCAGAGACCAUUCCUCCUCUGCUGCCUCCAGCUGAUAAACCUCUUAUCAGGCUCAAGCAGGGGAGCCCAGAGUCAGGAUAGGAGGAGAAGGCAGAACUGCUAUCAGCCACCAGGCCUGGGCCGUAUCUCAGAGAAGGGGAGGGGCUAUCUGCUUGGCUCUUCCCACAACAUGCUCCUUGGGGAUCCCGAAGUACUCACUCUCAACCUUGGAGGAUGAGACAGAGGAGGAAAACAGAGGACCGAGGGGGAAAGCAGGAGUGAUCCCUGGAAUUGCCCCAGAAAAUGGGGGAAAAACAACCCCAGAAGAUGUGACUUCUUCCCUGCCCGCUGAUACAGUUUUGGGGAGCAAGAAGAAGGGGAAAGGGAAGGCACCUUGUCUGAAAAAGUAGGUAAAGACCUACUGUGCUCCCAAAGGACCUGACUACAGCCACAGCAGGUUGCUGGGGCCUUUUGGGCUUUGGGGACCCGGGACCAGGCCCUGGCCCAGUAGGAUGCCCCCGUGUCCUCCCCAGCAGAGCAGGAACAGGGUGACACAGUUACCCGCUCUGGAGCUGGGUGAGAUGGAGUUGACUUGGCAAGAGAUCAUGUCCAUCACUGAGCUGCAGGGCCUAAACGCUCCAAGUGAGCCAUCAUUUGAGGCCCCAGCCCCAGCCCCAUAUCCUGGGCCCCCACCACCCCCAACUUACUGCCCCUGCUCAAUUCACCCAGAUGCUGGCUUCGCCCUUCCUCCACCACCUUAUGAGCUUCCAGCACCCACAUCUCAGGUCCCAGAGCCUUCAUACUCCUAUGGCAACAUGGCCAUCCCAGUCUCCAAGCCACUGACCCUCUCGAGCCUGCUCAGUGAGCCCCUCCCAGACCCCUUGGCUCUCCUGGACAUUGGGCUGCCAGUGGGGCCCCCCAAGCCCCAAGAAGACCCAGAAUCCGACUCAGGAUUAUCCCUCAACUAUAGUGACGCUGAAUCUCUUGAGCUGGAGGGGACAGAGGCUGGUCGGCGGCGCAGUGAGUAUGUAGAGAUGUACCCAGUGGAGUACCCCUAUUCACUUAUGCCCAACUCUUUGGCCCAUCCUAACUAUGCCUUGCCACCUGCGGAGAACCCCUUAGCCUUAGAACCCUCUUCAGGCCCGGUGCGGGCCAAGUCCACUGCACGGGGGGAGGCGGGGAGUCGGGAUGAGCGUCGGGCCCUGGCUAUGAAGAUUCCCUUCCCGACGGACAAGAUUGUCAACUUGCCAGUAGAUGACUUUAACGAGCUGUUGGCACGAUACCCACUGACGGAGAGCCAGCUGGCCUUAGUCCGGGACAUCCGACGGCGGGGCAAAAACAAGGUGGCCGCCCAGAACUGUCGCAAGAGAAAGUUGGAGACCAUUGUGCAGUUGGAGCGGGAACUGGAGCGGCUGGGCAGUGAGCGGGAACGGCUUCUCCGGGCCAGAGGGGAGGCUGACAGGACCCUGGAGGUCAUGCGCCAACAGCUGACGGAGCUGUACUGUGACAUUUUCCAGCACCUGCGGGAUGAAGCGGGCAACAGCUACUCCCCUGAAGAGUAUGCUCUCCAACAGGCUGCUGAUGGGGCCAUCUUCCUGGUGCCCCGGGGGACCAAGAUGGAAGCCACAGACUAAGCUGGCCCAGAGGGGUGGGACUGGUGAUGGAGAUUUUCUUUAUUCCCUUCUGAUAAAUGUUCUCCCCAGAAGCAGCUGGGUUCUCCAGACCAGAAGGGGACAAUGGGAAACCUGGCAUUUGGAGGACCCAAGGUGUAUUCAGUAAGGCUUGCCUUGAGACAAGUGUAUGAGGGGAGGUUGGAAUCUCUUUUCCAUGAUUCAGCUUCCUAGGUCUCCAACCUCCACCUCUUGUUUGAGCUUUGGUCUAUAAAACGCUCUACACAAAU